CGUGAACAUAAGAGAGAUUGUCACUCCUUAAUUGUGGCACAGUAAUAUUCUAUCGUACACUAAGUAAAUCACCAUGUGGAAGGAAAUAUGUGUUGUAUUAGUUAUUUCUGUUUCAAUCGUUUCUUCACUAAAGGUUCAAUGUAGACAGGAUACGGAAUGUGGUUCAGACGAGUGUUGCUAUUAUCACGAAGGUCCAAUGCUUGUGAGCAAGCGACGAUCUAUUUUACCUGUCUCUGGUAUGAUUCAAGGUGGGUGGUGUGAAAAGUACAAAACCGAAGGCCAAUCUUGCAGCGGUAUUGCUAAGAUGAAUGGUCAUUGUGAGUGUGGACCUGGUCUGACUUGUACUGUUACUGUCAGCACACAUUCAAAAAUUCAAAAACGAAGAGAAUUGCCUGCUACAUGCGUUCAAACUCAAACAAAAGGUUAAUGAGCAGCUAUAGCUAUACAUUGUCAGAUCAACCCUAUAACACAAAAUGUCAUGAAUAAAAUAUGCCUUGUUCAGA